AUGAAGGUUGCCCAGAAGCUUUGGUUUCUGGCAGUAGUAGCCUUGUCGCUGCACCGCACCGCUGCUAGAUUGUCUUCUGUAGAGGGCGCUUCCGACCUAGGUGGGAGUGAUAACGAAGCAAACAAUGAGAAAAGAUCUCUUCUCCCUGCUAUUCGAUCCAGACAUGGUUUGCGCCUUGAAAAGGACGUAAAGAUGGUGGAGGAGAGGAAGUUGAAGAGUUCUCCAUCCGAAAGCGAGCAACACAAACCCACAAAACCAAACAAGACGAAGGGGCACGCCGAACCCCACAGCAAAAAGAAAGACACAAAGGACAAGAAACACUCGGAAAGUGACUCGGAAAGUGACUCGGAAAGUGAAUCGGAAAGUGGCUCGGAGAGUACGAGUAUUGAUCUUGGUGAGGUCGCCGGAAAAAUCUCCGAAGGCGCCGAAUAUGCCCAAAAGAGUCUCUCCAUGUUUACUUCUGCGCCCGCUGACGAGGAUGAAGAAGAUACGACCGACGCGGACGAAGAGAGCGAUGGCGGUGAAGAGGAAAGUGAUGGCGGUGAAGAGGAAAGUAGCAGCGGUGCCAGCGACUACGUGGACGACAGCAACAAUGGCACUAGCGAGAGCAGUAACAGCUCCGCCGAGAGCAGCGAAACCAGCGACAGCAGCAUCGCUGGCUCUGGUGGUAAGGCUGCAACCACAUCCUCGACAGUGAACACUGUACCUGGCAAUAAAGUGGGUACUCUGUCCACCCAAGGCAAUGCCGAUGGCAGUGCGAUAACUGUGACCUUUACCGCCAGUGUACCAGUUGGUUGUGGUAACGGUAGAUGCAGCAGUGGAGACAAGAGCGACGAGGAUGUCAACAAUUUCCAGUACGUGACAGCCAUUGCUUACAUUGGCCGCAAGGACAGGUGCGAGCCUCCAUUUCAGAAAGUAUUAGCAAAUAGCAGAAGGAAGGAGAAGAUACAUGCUUGCGUUUCAAAAAAUUCUCUCUUUGGACGACCCAUUACUGCGCUGACAAUCCAAGACUUUAAAUCCUGUCAAAGUGGCUUUCAUCUUGAAGGGACUUUGGGAAAAUCUGAUGGCAACUUGAACCAAGGAAAGGGCCCUCCCAUGUACCUGUGUGCAUCCAAAGAUAAAAGCAACGGUGACUACAUCAAGAAUAUCCAAGUCAGUGAUUUUCGUCCGGCUGCAUUUGCAAGGCCUGUUGACUUGGCCGGACAUGAUGACGGGAACCUCAACUUUGGGACCGGCAAACACGGGCUCUGGAUAAGCAUUCCAGACCGAGUCGCCUUCAUGAAGAAUGCACCUUAUUGUGGUUCUUGCUAUGGUGCCAACACAACCGCCCAUCAGUGCUGCCAGACAUGCGAUCAAAUCAGAGAUGCGUACAGGAAGGCUGGUUGGCGAAACGACACUGCAAUAUUUGUUUCUGCUGCCCAGUGCAUCCGUGAGGGGCUAUCAGCAAGCCCAACAUUGUCACCUACAUUAAUGCUGGACACAGCGCCACGAAUCAGUCAAUAUGGGCCUCCUGAAUCUCCUAGUGUGUCGCCACCAACACUUCCCCCCACACCACGACCAACUCGUCUGGUUGGGUACACCGGAACAGACUAUGUAACUGCCAUUGCACUUACAAAUGGUACAUGCGGUCCAGCAUUUGACUACGCCAAAGAUGAAUAUGGUGAAAAGGUUGACUUGAAUGAAGCAGUCGUAAAGGCAAAAGAGUUGAAUCAUUAUCUACAGACUGUGAAAAAAAUUUGGAAGGACAGAAAGAAAAAUUACCCCAACCUUGAACAGAGCAGUCAUAGGGGUAGCUUCAUUGCAAUCACGGCUCUUGCCCCCAAGUGGGGAAAUGUGGCCGACUCUCCACCUGUCUUUCUUUGUAUUUCAAGGAACCCCAUCUUUGGGAAACCUAUCACUGGGAUUCAACUUGUAGCUGGUGGUGGGAAAUGUGAUAAUGCGGAAUCUUUGUACACCCAAAACGCAGGGUUGUAUGGAGAUACGGAUGGGAAUCUCAACCAGUAUGACAUGAAGAACAGAGAAGACUCUCUGACAAGGUUCAUUCGCUUGUGCUAUUCCAAAGACAAGACAUUGGCUUCUCCUAUCCAAGACGUCCAGCUGGUUAGAACAAAACCACCUGAAUCCCAAAGACCCGAUAUUGUGGGCGUGGAUGAUGAUGGAAAUGUAAUGGGCAUCAGAAAAGCAUUCCUUGAAAAGAAGCUUCUGGAAAAGUGCAGAGAGAAAAUGCAUGGCGCUAUCAAGGCUUUUGAUGAUAAAUGUGAUUCCCGUAAUUGGUAUGUAGUUGUGGGUUGGGUGGAGAAAGGCUGCGACUAUCAUGAAAAGUCAAAGGUCGAUGCUUUCAACCAGUUCCGGGCGAAAGCUCGGGAAUAUGCCAAGUCUGUCCCAGGAAUGGGACUGUGGUUCAAGAUUUCACGAGCUCCGCCAACACCAGCUCCGACAUCCAAACCUACAAAUUUCCCAACUGCAGCACCCAUCAUGACCACACCCUUUCCUACGAUCAGUUCUCCAACCAACAUGAAUGCCAACUAUGUCACAGCCAUCAAAUUCACCACACUCUCUUUUGGAAAAAAAACUCGUCCUGAUUGCAAAGAAAACUUUGAGCCACUUGGAACCGAAGGGUGCUCUCUGUCUGCGGAUAAUGCCACCUUAAUUGAUGGCCUGAAUGGGUUCUACGUCUGGGCUUGUCUUUCCAAGAAUCCUCUCUAUGGUGCACCUAUCACUGCCCUUGCUGUACAAAGCAAUAACACCUGCCAAGAUGGCUUCCAGCUGGCAGGCACAGCAGGUAAAACCACAGGCGAUUUGAACAAAGGAGAAGGUCCUCCGAUAUACUUGUGCUAUUCAAGAGAUGAAGGCAGGGGUGGCCCAAUGGCAUCAGUUACUCUGUCGGAUACAAAGCCAGUUGAAGCUGAGAGGGCAGUCGAUUUGGGAUCUGGUGAUGACGGCAAUCUCAACUUCGGCACAGGACAAGCAGGAAUUUGGUUCAAAUUCUACUUUGCCCCACCAACCCAGGCUCCUACAUCAAUGCCUACACCAUUCCCCACUCCAGCUCCCAUUGUGUCUACUCCCUUCCCAACCAUUAGCUCUCCAACCAGCAGCAUGAACACCAAUUAUGUUACUGCACUAAAGUUCACCACAUUGCACUCUCUCAACCCUAUUACUCUCAACACUACUACUCCUGACUGUGGAGAAAACUUUGAGCAGCUCCAAACUGAAGGGGGUUCUCUUUCCACUGAUGAUUCCAGCCUGAAUGCUGGCCUCACUGGCAUCUACAUUUGGGCGUGCCUUUCCAAGAAUCCAAUGUACGGCUCACCUAUUACUGCUCUUACGGUACAAAGCAGCAAUGUCUGUCAAGAUGGCUAUCAACUCACAGGCACAGAAGGCGAAACCACAGGAGAUUUGAAUUCAGGUGAAGGGCCUCCCCUGUUCUUGUGCUACACUAGAGGUGAAAAUGCAGGCAGCUCUCUGGAGUCCAUCACUCUAUCAGACUCCAAGCCAGCUGACACUGAAAGGGCUUUUGAUUUGUUGUCUGGCGAUGACGGUAAUAUCAACUUUGGCACAGGUCAAGCUGGGCGUUGGUUCAAGAUCAAGCGGGAUUGUGGUUCCUGUUAUGGUGCCAACACGACUGUGCAGUGUUGCAAUACCUGUGAGGAAGUUGUGAACUUGUACCAUGCCCACAAUUUGGUGGCUGAUCAGAGUGGUUUCGUCCAGUGCGAAGAUGAAUAA